AUGAAUCCUCUCAAUCAAACUGUGGGGUCAGCGUUCAUUCUGCUGGCUUUUCCGGUCACCUCAGAACUGCAGAUAUUCCUCUUUGUGGUCCUGCUGCUGCUUUACUCGCUCACCCUCGUGGGGAACGUGCUCAUCAUUUCCGUCAUAUGGUUCCAUCAUCGCCUGCACACUGCCAUGUAUUUCUUCCUCAGCAACUUAUCCUUCCUGGACAUCUUGUUCACCUCGGUCAUUUCCCCUACAAUGCUGGUCAGCCUCCUUUCAGAUAGGAAGACCAUCUCCAUCACUGCUUGUCUGGCCCAAACCUUCUUCUUCAUCUUCCUGUGCACAGUGGAGUUUGUCUUACUGAAGGUGAUGUCCUUCAAAAGAUAUGUAGCCAUCUUCAAGCCCUUAUGCUACACAGUCAUUAUGAAUGGCAGGGUGUGCUCCAGGCUUCUCCUUAGCUGUUGGAUGGUAGCUUCUCUAUCCAUGCUUGGUCCAACCAUAGUGUACACCAGGCUACCUUUCUGCAGCCAAGAACUAGACCAUUUAUUUGGUCUUAUCAACCCUCUGCGAAAAGCUUCCUGUGUCGACACCAGCUACCUCAAAAUGCUAGACUUCAUUCUCUCCUCCAUUGUAUCAUGGAGCUCCUUAACGUUGACCAUAGAGUCCUACACCCACAUCAUAGCCACUCUCCUUAGGAUCCCCUCCGUCCAAGGGCCCAAAAAAGCCUUUUCCACUUGCGUCUCUCACCUCACCGUAGUAACCCUUGCCUACGAGAGUUCCAUUUUUCUGCAUGUCCGACCGCAGCACAACCAAUCCUUGGCUUCUGAAAAAGGAGCUUCUCUGCUCACUGAGGUGGUGAUACCCCUGUUGAACCCUUUCAUCUACAGCCUCAGGAAUGAUAGAGUUAAGGAGGUCUUGAGAGAUGCUAUAGUGAGGCUUAUGGGUUGCUCAAAGAAGGUCAGUCCUUGA